AUGACCGGUAAAGAAGCUAUGCAUCCCAUCGUUGACCAUGGUGAUAUUACCAAACUACCACCAUUAGUUCUUGGUGGUGCAACAGUAAACACGCAGUACAAUGACGAUCCAACAAAGGUUCCAUUGGUGGAUAUGCUAAAACAUGGGUUUAACCAUGGUAUUAGAGCUAUAGAUACUUCGCCCUACUAUGGUCCGAGUGAAAUUCUUUACGGACAGGCAUUGGAACAUAUUAGAGAUGAAUUCCCACGUAAUUCUUACUACAUCUGUACAAAAGUUGGUAGAAUUCAACUCGAUGAAUUUGAUUAUUCGAGAGAACACGUUAGAUUUAGCGUACUAAGAUCCUGUCAGAGGUUGAAGACAGAUUAUUUGGAUUUGGUUUACCUACACGAUGUGGAAUUUGUCCCCAUGCAUCAAUCUCUCGAAGCUCUCAAAGAAUUGAAAUUAUUGAAAGACGAAGGUAUUAUCAAAAAUUUUGGAUUAUCAGGAUACCCUGUAGACUACCUGUACUAUUUGACUAAACACUGUGCUCAUAACGAGUCGGAAAUCGGGCCAUUGGAUGCGGUGCUAUCUUACUGUAAUUUGAACUUACAGAAUACUAGGCUACAUGAUUAUUGGCCUCACUGGAAACAUGAUGCCUCUUUGAAAAUGAUUAACAAUGGGUCUAUUCUAAGUAUGUCAUUGCUUAGGUCUCAAGAGACAAAACUAUUCCAUCCAUGUUCAGAUCAACUACGCCAAUUGGCGACACAGGCCGCUGAGUACUGCUCCGAACAUGGCGUUGAACUGGCAGAUUUAGCCACUAGAUAUGCUAUAUCUGAAUGGUUAAACAAAGGGUCUACUGUUCUCGGUGUAAGUAACGUGGAGGAAUUGGAGGUCGCAUUAAGAAGUUAUAGGACAGUACUACAUCACGGCGGGGAAUUAGGUAAAGACGAUCAGGCAUUAGUUUCACACAUUCAGAACAAAAUUUUUGGCUCUCACAUGAAUGAAGUUUGGCCAUCGGGAAUCCACCAUCCAGAACUAAUUAAUGACAAUAAUAAAGAAUAA